CCUUCCCUAAACUCAUCACUGGGGGCUGGCUGUCAUCAGCCCAGUCUCAUCCCUGCAGGGUACCAACCAAGGGAAUAGAAAAACAGAGUUUGAAUUACACACAGAAACAUUUUCUGCAGCCAGUUAUAAACCCUGUGAACUAAUGAAGCUGGAAAACAGGCCUAGAGUAAGUUUCCCCCUCCCCCUCCAGUUUUACCAGCUCAGCAAGGGCUGUACCCGCCCAGGACCUUGUUUGUUGAUUCAAGCUCAGCCAGGCUUCAAUAAGAAAACCUUGUCAGGAGAAUUGAUUUUAUUUUCAUAGCCUGGCUCCAGCCUUCCUCUUCAUGUCCAGCUGGGAUGAGUAAGCAUCCUUAGGGAUAGCCUGUCUUCUCCAGGACCCAGACACGAAUGCCCCCUCAUGGCCAAAGAAGGUAGUGCAGAGGUGAAGCAAAGGGUUCUGUGCUGCGAUAGAGACCUGAGUUCAUGUUUGGCUCUGCCACAAUUUGCUGUGUGACUUUGGGCAAACUGUUCACCAUCUCUGGGCUUUGAAAAAGGAGGAAGUUGGCCUGGAUAAGCAAAAAGUCUUCCAGUUUGGAAAGUCUGACCCCCACUGCCUUCCUGCUCCCCGCCCAGUCCUGUGCUUGGCUACCAUUCAUAGCUUGUGCACUGAAGGGGAAUGCUUGGGCACAUUUCACCAGGUCUUGUCUCCUCCAUCUUAAUUGAAUGGAAGAGGAGGGAGAUGGGGCCGGUGGGUAGGUGAAUGCUUUUGGUGCUAGUAGCCAUGAGGCUUUGAUGCAUCUGCUAAUAGGCCCAUUUCCUUACAACUGAUUUCUUUUAUGGAAAAAAGAUAGCCGUGAACAUUCAGCACAGGCGACUUUGACUUCAUCUGCCUCCAGGCAAGAGUGGCAGUAAUCUCUGGGCAGAAUUCCUUCAACAAAUAUUUGUUGGGCAUCUACUGUCUGCCAGGGACUGGGCAGAGAGGAGUAAGACCUGGUUGCUGCCCUCAGCACAAAACCAAGGACAGAGCAUUCUUCCCCAAGGAGGAGGGCCCCUGAGGCCUAGGAAGUUACAAAUAAGGGAGGAUGGGGUGGCCUAUCUGAUGCCAGAACUUACAUUGAGCCGAUUUCCUGGAAAUCUAGAGAGGGUCUGGAGCACUUCCUGAGCAGCAUGUGGUAGAGCUCAUGGCCAUCCUGUCCCCAAGCCCUGAGCUCCUGGUCCCCAGGCCUUUGCUGCUCUGGCCAGCCAAAGGCAGAGAAGCACCUGGCCACCUUGGGCUGAGGUGUACUUCCCCAGGUCACAUCAGUUCCCCUAAAGAAGCUGAACGGCCUGGGGAGGGGCCUGGAGCCACCACCAUCAUGGAGCAGCCACAGUACCCAAGCACCCAGACUGUGGUCAUAGCUCCUGCCCCAGGGGGCGUGCAUAGGGCAGGGGCUGACCACAGGGACCUGAGCCCACAGAGGUGGGGACUGUUCCCAAUGGGGCUGUGGCAGGCCAGAGUGUGGCUGCCACUCCACUCUGCUCUCAUGCCAGGCAGGCACAUGGUCCUUGCCCUCAAGAAGCUCACAGCCCAAGCCCAGUUAACCCCUACAUUUUCAAGCACGGUAAGAGUGCAGCAGGGCCAUCUCCCUCCCUGGUGCUCUAUUUCCUGUGCCUACUUGGUCUGGGUCACACACCACCUUUCCCAGAAGCCCCAAGAGAGAAUUAGGCCAAAGGGCUUCGGCAUCCAGUGCUUCACAAUCCAGAAAGCUGCCAAAGCGGUGACUUUGGGUGAACUGAGGCUCCUAUGGCCCGCUGGUGCUGCCCCAGCGCUCCCCGUCCACCUGGCUGACAAACCCAGUUCCCGAGAUUUCUGGCUAGACAUGGCGGACUCAGCUCGGGCCUGGGGAGCAGAGGGUUUUUAGAAAAGCGAGCAGAAGGUAGUGUCACUCCUAAGUAGAAGAUAACAACAACAAUUUAGACAGAGAUUGGAUUGAUGGUUACCAGAGGAGACCGGGGUAGGGAGGAGGACGAAAGGGCUGCUUGGGGCACAUGCCAAUGGCGAUGGAUUGUAAUCAGUCAUUGGCUGGUGAACAUGAUGUAAUCUACACAGAAGUCGAAAUAUGCUGAUGUACAUCUGAAAUUUAUAUAAUGUUAUAAACCAAUGUUACCGCAAUUUUUUUAAAAAUGGAAAGUAGUGUCAAAGGACCCAUGGUGGGGGCGCAGGGAGCCGACGCCUGAGCUCUGGAAUAGCGUCCUUCGUCAGGUGCAAGGGGGUCUGGAGGUGCUUCUGCCUCGACAGCCCCCUACACGGGCGCCCUCCGGCAUCUCUGAGCUCCCAAGGAUCCUAGAGGUGCUCGUCAAGCCACAUGUAACCCUCCGAGGUCCUUCGCCCCGGGCAGGGAAGUAAAGCGUGAAGCAGAACGCGCACGCGCACGCGCGACGGCCCCGCCCCUCGCCCGCCUCGGCCCGCCCCUUCCGCCCUUUGGGGCGGAGCUAAGCGUGGCUUCCGCCGGAAGUCCGGAACUGAGCCGAAAAUCAAGCCCAGCUGCUGAGUGCUGGCUGUCGCUCCUGCGUCCUCCAGAGCGGAGCACCGUCCUUGUCUCCCACGCCCCAAUUUAGAAUUUUCACAUCCACCUCUUAGAAGGUCGUGAGACCUCACCCCAUCCCCUUUAUCCCAGUUCCAGCUGCACGUUACUGCAGAACCUGAACCCAGGAAAGGAACCUCUUUCCCGCCCGGCCCGCCUUUGCCCGGAUCGGUGGAGGCCCGGGAGGUUCUCGCCCGGCUUCCCGCCUCGCCUCCCGCACUCCUGCCUGGGCCCCGGGGCCCCUCCCCCGCCCGACCAUGGCCCAGAAGCCGAAGGUAGACCCCCACGUCGGCCGGCUGGGAUACCUGCAGGCGCUGGUCACGGAGUUCCAGGAGACGGAGAGCGAAGACGCCAAGGAGCAAGUCCUGGCCAACCUCGCCAACUUCGCCUAUGACCCCAGCAACUACCAGUAUCUGCGGCAGCUGCAGGUCCUGGAUUUAUUCCUCGAUUCGCUGUCGGAGGAGAAUGAGACCCUGGUGGAGUUUGCUAUUGGAGGCCUCUGCAACCUGUGCUCAGACAAGGCCAACAAGGAACACAUCCUGCAGACAGGGGGCGUCCCGCUCAUCAUCAACUGCCUGUCCAGUCCCAACGAGGAGACUGUGCUAUCUGCUGUCACCACGAUCAUGUACCUGAGCUCGCCAGGCUCUGGCUCCCACCCCGAGCUGACCGCCAUGCCCGUGGUCCAGUGCAUGCUGCGCUUCUCUCUCUCGGCCAACACGAGGCUCCGGAACCUGGCCCAGAUCUUCUUGGAAGACUUCUGUUCCCCAAGCCAGGUGGCUGAAGCCCGCAGCUGGCGGGCUCACUCUGCCUUGGGUAUCCCCCUGCCAAAGACUGAGGCCCCACAGCAGCCCUGAUCCAAGGAGACCUCGGGCCAUGGCACCCUUACUGCCAGAGACAAGACUAAAUCCUCAGAGGGCUCGGGAAGCAGGAGCAGCAUAGCUCCCACUGAGCACAUCCUCCCCAAAUGGUGCCUUUUCGGCCAUUGUAAAGGUGAGUUUCCUCAGCGUGACAGGUAUUUACACUGAUGAAAGGCGUUAGGAGAUGAGUGAAGAAGCCAAACUUCUAGACACACGGAGAAGGAAAUCAAAGCUGGUGCCACUGUCACAGGCUGCCGCUCUGAACCAACUGGAGGCGAAGGUCCUGCCUCCCAGCCCACCCCACUGCCAGGCUCGCACCCUCACGUAAGAAGCAACCGGGUCCCUAGAUCCAGAGACUUUGCAGAAGGCUCUUCUCCUGAGGAACAGCUGGGCCUGGGGCUCAGGAGAACUGCCUGAGCUGGAGGCUUUGAGGAAUAGGCUUCACCACUUAACAGAAUUGUCUGGAGUGGUUUGGAGGAAUAGAAAUGAGAAGUUGUUAAAAGUAUCUCGGGGCUCUGGGAAGGUGUCGUGCCCACUCCAGGGCUCUGAAGCCUGGGUACUGCCCGACAAGCUGUCCAGGCCAGGCACCGGGCAUGGUGGGCACCAGCCUAGAGAACGCUAUGGCCCAGGACUAACUGUUUAUUCACACAGGCCUGUCUGCCAGGCACCACGUUAGGGCUUCAAAGACGAAGAUGUGGUCCCUGCUCUUGAGUGACGCAGCCCAGUGACUGUUAACAUGGCCGUCAGGCAUUAAGCCCAAGCCAUGAGGGUGAUGACAUAUCAGAACACAGGCACAAAUCCACGGAGCUGUGUCCUCUUCCCUCAGUACCCCAAGGUCCCCACCUGAAAGCCCUGGCCCUCCUCCUCCGCCAUCACGGUUAGUGGCAGGGAGUCCCUGUCUCAGGCUCAGGAGGGCUUCAGGGACACAAGGAAGAGCGGCGCUCAAGGGGAGGACCAGGUACUGACACACAGUGUGUGCUCGGAUUCACAGUGUGCGCUGCUCAGCGUGCGGGAAGGGGUGUGCGACUCCCAGUGGAGCUUUAGGAGCAGUGGAGGGUCCUGGUCUCCCUUCUGUACUCCCUUUAAGGUUGACCUCUUACAUGCCCAAGGAAAGGCAGAGGCAGAGGGAUGGUGUCCAGGUGGACGCGGAGGUGGGGCAGAUUAUGGGACUGAUGGAUAAGGAUUAUGGGACUGAUGGAUAA